CCCUUAUCCCGCGGGAGCGGCGGGGCCGGGAGCGCAUCGCCGCACCCGCGUCCCGCCGGCCCUGCCGCCACGCCCUGCUCGCCGACAUGGACGAGGAGAGGGAGACUCUGCAAAGGAUUGUCAGUACUCUAGUGAACAAAAAUGAUGAAAUUCACAACUUCAUUGACAUGCUGAACCAUACAAUAUCAAAUGUUCAGGUAAACUCUUCUAAUGCCAUCAGCGAGCUGGAUGAGGAGUUUGAUGGUCUGUAUUCUGUACUGCAUGAGAUGAAGGGGAGCAUGGCGAACACUAUUCAGCAAGAAGAGGCUCGUAAAAUUCAAGCUCUGCAGGAUCAGCUGAGCCAGUGCAGCCGUGCCCUGGAGAGCUCAGAAGAGCUGCUGGAACUUGCUGUCCAGUCGCUGGACAUAAAGAACCCUGUGGAACUCUUAGAGGCUGCCAGACAGAUCAAAGAUAGUGUCACAGUGGCUUCAGCAUUCCGCCUCUCUCUGAAACCAAAAGUCAGUGACAGUAUGACUCAUAUGAUGGUGGACUUCGCUUUGGAAAAGCGCAUGCUCCAAGCUGUGAAGUUUUUGCCAGUCCCUAAAGCUCCAGAGAUAGAUGUAGCAGCAUGUCUGGUUGCUGACAACUGCAUCACAGUAUCGUGGAGAAUGCCUGAGGAGGACAGCAGAAUUGAUCAUUUUGUGCUGGAGUAUAGGAAAACCAACUUUGAUGGGCUCCCUCGACUAAAAGGUGAACAGCACUGGGAGCUGGUCGACUACAUUAAAGCUACUCAAUACACAUUAUCAGGUCUGAAAUUUGAUACAAAAUACAUGAACCUUAGAGUACAAGCUUGCAACAAAGCUGUGGCAGGUGAAUACUCCGACCCUGUGACUCUGGAAACCAAAGCAUUUGUGUUCAGUUUGGACAGUACUACUUCUCACCUGAACCUGAAAGUUGAAGACACCUAUGUUGAAUGGGAUCCUACUGGAGGCAAAGGCCAAGAAAAAAUAAAAGGGAAGGAAAAUAAAAACAGUGGCCAGAAUCCUCUGCUGAAGAGCAAUAGAAGAAGCAACACAGCGUCUCCGAAGAGAUCCACUAACAGCCCAAGAGCCUCGGCGAGGGGCGGCCGGGAUCGCUUUGCUGGUGAAUCCUACACAGUGCUGGGAGACACUGCUGUUGAAAGUGGACAGCAUUACUGGGAAGUGAGAGCCCAGAAGGACUGCAAAUCCUACAGCGUGGGAGUAACAUACAGAAACCCGGGGAAGUUUGACCAGCUGGGAAAGACUAAUUCCAGCUGGUGCAUCCAUAUCAACAACUGGCUGCAAACCACAUUCUCAGCAAAGCAUAACAAUAAAGCAAAGACUCUAGAUAUACCUGUCCCAGACAGAAUAGGAGUAUACUGUGACUUCGAUGGAGGUCAGCUGUCAUUUUAUAACGCAAACUCAAAGGCGCUGUUACACACCUUCAGAACAAAGUUCACCCAACCAUUGCUACCAGGCUUCAUGAUCUGGUGUGGUGGGCUCACAGUGAGUACUGGAUUGCAGGUGCCAAGUGCCGUGAAAACUCUUCAGAAGAGUGAAAAUGGAUUGGGUGGUUCAACAAGCAGCCUGAACAAUGUUGCCUAGUAAUGUCUGUUCAACACUUCUGCUGCUGAAUGUUUUUGUUUUUCUGUGUAGCUACUAUUCACAGAAGCUUGUGAACAUUGGAUUUUGCUGGGUUUGCUACCUUCUGCUGUUUAGGGCCUGGGUGCUGAUAGUGCAAAGGUUUGGGACUAAAGUGUUAGGAACCAGUACUGGGAAUCCAGGAAAAUGUCAGAAAGCUGAACUGUUGCCUACUUUAAAAAAAUCAAGAGCUGUAACUAUGUACUUUUCUAAUGCUGUAUUCAAGCAUUUUGUUAUGGACUUGAAUAAUAGUUUUGUUACAAAUACUAUUUUUCUGUGAAGAAUAUAGCAAAUACCAGUUUUUAGCUCUCCUAAUACAAAUUACUUAACUAUGUAUUUUAUUACUACUAGGCUUGCCAUUAGAAGUUGUGAUUUCUGAGAUGCAUUUUGAAAACAGACUGAUUUGCUGGCCUAGCCUAGCCAAAUAUCACAGCAGUGUGGUUUCAGAAGGAUAUUAUAAGAAUGUGUAGGCCUGGUAUGAAGAAACAGUAAGAGCAGGCUGUGAUGAUUCCCCCCCCCCUACAAAAUCUUCCUAUUUUCCAUGGGUAACUCAUUUUUAAAGUGGUGUAUAUUGAGAUUAGCUCCAGCUUGUCACAAUUACAUCAAUUACAUUCUAAUUACAUUAGAAAAUUAAAUAUGUAUAGAUGUUCCAUUACCUUGACUCCUAUCUGCAAGCCUAGUAAAACAGUAGUCAAAUGAUUCGUAGUAAUGGGAGAGCUAAAAAAAGAAAAAUCAUGUUAUAUUCUUCGUGGAAAAUCCCAGUUUGCCAGUGGGAAUUACUUGGUUAUUAUAGACUUUUUUAAUCUGCUUUCUUCCCUCUAAUCAAGCCGAGGAGCAUAUAAGUAGUUUUCAGGUACACUCUUAAAUCAGGUGUUUCCUAACUGAAGAUUUGUUUUCUGGUAUCACCUGAAAACUGUUAUAAAUUCAUGGUCCAUAAUGAUUUGGCUCAUUUACUGCUGGGCCAGUAUAAUUUUUCCUUCCGUGUAUCCUUUAGCCCAUAAAACCAUUAACAUCUAAUGAUGUCAAACCUCAGUAUUACCAAUGGCUCCUUUCUGUCCCUCACAAUUUCUCAAGAGGAGGAGAAAUUCCUUGAGACACCUUCUAAUAAACUGGCUAUGAUGUUCAGUGGAAAGUUAACAAGGAAAUGUAAUUACCUGUUCUCGGAAGUGUUAUUUUUCUUGAGGAAUCAUGAAGUUGACAGGUUGGCUGAGCCCUAAAUGUUUAUUUUGUGUCUGGAACUUGAGCAUCUCUUAAUUAUUUGCGUUGUGAACUUGUAAUCUCUCUUUGCAGAGGAAAGUACAAAAUAGUUCCCAGUUUAACUGUACCUUCUUCUGCCUGUUCUGUUGCUUGGGCUUUGGGACAAAGAUACUCAGAAGUGACGUGGUUCUUGGUCAACAGUGUCUGCAUCUGUUUCACACAUUAUCUGCAGAUGUUAUUGUUAUGCAAAUAAUCUGUGUAUAAUCUUUUCUCUUUCCAUUUUAUUGCAAUGGACACCUGACUAGGAGUUUUUUGGGGAUAAACUGCUACAAACUCAGUUUUCAACCAGUUCUAGUCCAGGGCUGUGGUACACAGACACCAGGACAGACUGGCACCUCCUUGUCACCACCCAUCCACUUGUCUUGAUCUUGGGUGUUCAGCUGCAGUUCCUCUUCAAAUUUCCCUUUGUGGAAAGAAAGGGGAUGUUUACAACCAGCUAAUGUGUAGUGAGAACCAUGAGUAUUUUCCAGCCCUCCACAAAAGCAUUUUAAUUAUGAAGCUGUUUUUUUUGUUUGUUUUUUUUAGCAAGUUGUAGUGUAAUCUGCGAGGUGAAUUUGAUAUGCACCAAUGUAAAAAUGUAAUUUUUCUUUAACAGUUAGUUAGAGGAAAGCUUGGAAGUGUUUCAUACUGUGACUUGUGACUUGCAAGUUUUGGUUUAGCUGAUGUCCUAGGUGAACUUUAACAUGUGACUUUUUACCCUUAAAGGAUGGGUUUGUUAUAUAGUAGUUUGCACAGAUGUCAAAUUUUUGCUGCUAACAUCUAGUCCAAUUGUUUUUAGUAACUGGGGAUAUGAAGAAUUGCCUUAAGCACUUUAGAUAUUUUUCUUUUUAGACUGUUUUUUCUUAACUAGUGUCUCUCCAGCACCCAUCAUCAUAGGAAGAUGAGUGACACCACACUGCUCCCAGUGUUGCUUUUCGUUGCAGUUGGUGCAGGGUUUGUGCCUGCAGCUGGGCAGGGAUACCUGGAGCCUGUGGAGUUACCUUUUCCUUUGUGAAUCCACUUUCAGGGAUUUGGAGAGGGGUGGUUCCUUGGCAGUGGAUUAGACUUUUUGAAGGUCUGUAGUUUUGCCCUGUAGUUCAAUCUACCAGGCACGUGCUUAUUUACUGUUAAUUACUCUGGAGCUGAUACUGCGUGGUGGCUAAAAAGGAGCUUUCUGUUCUAUGACCAAAAGGAGAUGCUGAAUUUUUUUUUUUUUUUAAGUACUGACUGCUGGUAUUCUGAAGUUACUUUGACUCUGAAAGCCUGAAUUUUGAGGAGCUAAAGGUUUUCCUUGAGGUUUUCAUACAUCAGAUGAGCGUAGCUCCCAUUGUCCUGUGGAAAACUAUGAGGUGAACUGCAGCUAGGGAUGUCAGUGUCAGACAGGAUAAUUAAAAAAACAAACAAACAAACCAUCCGGGGAUAUAAAUACUUCUGCAAAUACCAAACAGCCAGGGCAGCAGUUCAUUUCUUAGAAACACAGGAAAAACAGAGGCCAGUGUACAGAUCUUGUUUCCUUACCCCUCCCACGUUUGAGAUGGAGACGGGGGGAACCACCUUGGGAGUAUGUUGGGCUUGUCCGUGUUUUUAUUUUGAGGCCUGCGGGGUGUUGGAUGGACGCUGACCGUGACUUGUGUUGGUGUCGUGCGCCAGCGUCGCUAUUUUUUUGGGUGUCCUGUGGCAGCGGCAGCCCGGCCGUGGGUUUCCUUCGGAGCAGAGCCCGGUGCUCCCGCAGUUCCCGGUGAUUCCGGUGGCCGAGCAUCCCUGGGCCGCACCGCGGGGUCCCUGCCCGGAGCCCCCCGGCAUGGAGUUGUGGGGGGGGGGGGGGGGCCGUCCGCGUGUGACGCGAUGUUUUGUACUAAUACAGAAAUCUGCAACCCUG